AUGGUGGUGUUUGUCGACCUCGAUGAUGAGUCCGAUAGAUCGGCGCAUUUGGAGAGGCCAUUCCACUUGGCUGACCCCAUCGCGUCGGAGCUACCUCCUACCGACACAGACACAAACCCCAAUCGGAAUGGAUUCUCGGCGGCAUUGAGUUGCUAUCCCAUCGUGAAGGAAAUCGCUCGCGCCAUCGAUCUAAACACGCUUUAUGCCCUAUCGAGUACAUGUCGCCAAUUUCACGCAAACCUCCUCCCAUUCCGCCACCAGCUAGCGAAAGAAACCCUCCGAUGCGAGAAUGAAUACAUCGAAACCCUAGCAGAAAUGCUAGACAGCGGCUCUGUCCUCCCGGACAGCGUUAAAUCCGUCAUCCGGCUCCUAAGCCGUCCCACCGGCGAACAAAGCCGUAUGACCCGCGGGAAGGUGGGCAAGUGCGCGCGCGACAUGGUUGGCGAAUGCCGACGCUGCGCCAAGGUUGUAUGCAGAAAUUGCACAAUCAAGCCACCGUCCCAAACAGCCCUCAAAAAUCGUAUCCGUCGUCUCUGUCGGUGCUGCGGUACAGCUCCGCUCUCUGCACAUCUCUCCUAUCCAUCCUCGGAUCCCCACGCACCCGCAUGGGUGGAAGAUAGCGUCGCCGCAACGGCAUUCGCGCGCACUCCUUGUAACUGCGAGGAAGAUAUCUGGCUGUGCACGCAGUGUGGGAUGACGUUGCGCAGCAAUGACACGACCUAUCGUCGUGUUUGGGCUUGGCGCACGCGCUACAGCACCUACCUCGGCGGCGCACUGGGGACUGGAAUCGGUGAGGGCUGUCAGGGUGUGAAGUGCGGGCGCGGCGAGAGCUGUCUUGCUGCGCAGGAGAUCGAGCUUGAGGUCGACUGCGAAGCUGAUGAGGGAUCUGUGAGUGAUAGCAGUAGUACUGGGCAUAGUCCUGCGGCGCCUCCAUCUGGUCAGGACAGGACUGGUGUUUCCACGGAUACCCAUGAUGACGAGGAGCCUGGGUAUUUCCGACAGGAGAUUAUUGGGCUGGGUGGUAUCCUCAAGCAUAAGUCUAAGAAGAGAGUUAACGUUGGCGCUUGUGUUGUUGAGUAUGAGGAUGAGAGGGAGACGGGGAAUUAUCUUGUCAGGGAGGAGAAUGGCUUGUAUCGGGCCUGGUGUGGAUGGUGUUCUAGGGUGAUUCCGGCAAAGAACGAGGUGAAUUCCUGA